CUUAGGGCUCUACACGAGUCCACUGCAAUUCUGUGAAUCUACAGUUAAAUCGACGGUGAUGGCGGGUUCGUCUGACGACGACAACGACGUGGAAGGCAUCAAAAUUUACAGGAGCCGCGGAGUUGUGGUUAAAAUAACAAAUAACACGAAGUUCACGUUGGGAGAUGCGAGGUACUACAUGGAGAGUGGAACUCACAAAGCCUUCCCUAAAACCCCAAUAAAUCCGGACGGGCAAGGCCUCUAUGGCUUCCACAAGAAGAUUGGGCUGAGCGGCUGUCAUGGGACCAUGACUCUCCGCUUCAGCGGCCACGAUCACUGCCUGAAAAUCUUCUUCAAAAACAUGCCAGGUGCCGGCCCGAAAUCAUUCUCCGUGUGCGUCGAAAAUGACCCCGUGUACGACAUCGGCCUGCGCACGCAUAAUGAGAUGAUCAGGAACCAAAUAAGCCCGAGCAGCACGUUCAGCCAAGCGCCGGCGGGCAACGAGGUGUCGGUGACGAAUGAGGAGCUGAUGGUGCGGGCGAGGGCAUCAAUGAGCGAACAGAAGAGGGCAGUUAUCUUCUUAACGGUGGAGUCGAUGAUGCCCAAGCCCCUCUCCCCGUUCGCCCCACCUCAGGUCGAAGAAGAAGAGACACAGGGGCAUAGCCACGACCAGAUGGCGCACGCAAGGCCGGGGACCGAAUUGGUGGUGUACAAAGGCAAGACUGUGGAAGCCAUCCUGGCUGGAAUGAGCACAAACAUCAAAGUGGCCAUCGAGAUCAGCAACAAGUCGAAAUACACCCUGCACAAACAAUCAUGUUUCCUGGAUGCUGGUGUGGAGGAAUACUCCCCACACUCAGAAAUCAUCUCCGGUGAGAAGCGAGCCUGUGGCUUCCGUAAGCUCAACAUGUCACUGAAGGGCUGUUACGGGGUCCUGCGCUACUGCAUCAAGGACAACAGCAAGUGCCUGGACAUCAUGUUCAGCAACCCCUACUCGAGCGGCGUCUUCAGCCGAGAGGUGGCCAUACAGCUGCAGGACCUCGCCAACGUGGCCGCACCAUCCGCCAGGCUCCUGACCGAGAUGUACAACUCGAAGGUGACGGAGGAUACGUUCGACAAGAAAGGAGCGGGGGACUCCAACGCCGUGGUGGAGGACAAAAAGGAAUUGAACAUUAAGGUGACGGCCAACAUGCAGGACAGCGCAGAGUCCAUCGUCCGUAUAGAGCUGACGGAUAUUCCUCACGCAAAGCAGAUCAUUGUAAAGAGCUCUCCAGCCAUAAGCGAGUAGGGUUGCGCUUUAAAAUCACCAUCAUCAGAUUGA